CUUUAAUUUAAGAAUUUGCGAGGGGCGUUCAGUUCUGGGCGGGCAGUGCUAUAUAAUUGGGUGGUGGAGGCUGCGCUAGAAACUUAAGAAUGGGGGAGUCCGCUAAACUAAACAACCUCGACGAGAUACUAAAGCCUUUUCAUCAGAGAGCUUCUGAAGCAGAGGCUCGCUUACAAAGACUUGAAGCUUCCUUAAAUGCUAGAAAAGAUGCUGGAAAUGAGGAACACUUGAAAACGAUAAAUGAUCUUCAGUCAAAGCUAGAAGUUUCAAAUGCAGACCUAAUUUCAGAAAAGGAGAAGGCCCAGAAGCUUGCUGCAGAAAAUGAAAAACUUCAAUACCGCAUAAUUCAUCUUCUACGAGCACUGAAGGAUAAUGAUCAGAAGUUAGAACAAGUUUCGGCACGAGAACAAUUGGAAAGCUUAAAAUUGCAGGGUUCUUGAAAUUUAUUGGCCAACAUAAGUUUAUUUUAUUUUAUUUUAUCAUUGGAAAGCCAAACAAUGUAUUGAAGUUUAUCAUUAUCAUUAAGUAUUGCAUAUUCUACA